AUGACAUCUUGGCUUGUACUUCCAUCACCACCAACAGGCAAUAAUCGUCAUAUCGAACUUGCCGGUACCGAUCUAUGGAUUACAGGAUGUAUCAAUAAUGUAUUCGUCUAUCUGUCGGCUUUGGAUGUCGAUAAAUUCAAGGAAGCACUUAGUCGUACUCUCUCCUUGUGGCCUUUUAUUGCUGGUCGUUUUCUCGUACUCGAUGGUGAACAUUAUAUAAUUGAAAUGUCCGAUAAUGCCAUUCCAGUCUCCUUGAUCGAAAAUAAUGUUCUUACAAACUGGCCUCUUGAUUCGAAUGUUGUAAUUGACAAGAAUUCAAAUCAACUUCAACCAUAUUUGGAUGAAGUACAAACUACAAAAUUGAUAGGGGGUUCUCGGGAUGAACCACUUGUCCGUUUGAAACUCUAUCAUCUCGUACAAAGUGGAGAAUGGAUAAUGGGUGCAAGUUGGUCACAUAUAUUAGGAGAUGCUGAUGCUUUUUUACAUUUUUUAAAUACAAUUUCACAUUUAUAUCAACAAAUGCAACCACUUGAACCGGUGCCUGUCUUCGAAAGACGUUUGUGGUUAAAAGAGGAAGCCGACGAACUUCUUUUACCUGAUAUAAAACAAUUUCUCGAUGGUGAACAAAUGAAAACAAAUGGUAUAAACGAUCAAGUAACAUAUGAUCAACUCAACAUUUGUUUCUCGGAACAACAGCUCAUCAAAUUGCGUACACUGAUCGGUGGUCAAUAUGUGAGUACUCAAGAUACCCUGAGUGCUUACAUUAUUCUUACACUUAACACUCAUUGUAUACAAAAUGAUGACCAACUAAUUGUACGUACGAAUACAAUGAUCAAUUAUCGUAAUGUAUCCGAUUCAGUUGCACCAUCUGGUCUUGUUGCAAAUGCUGUCUUGAUGCCAUUAUCCGAUCGUUUCGAAGAUCCAAAAUCUCUAUCAAGUAUUGCGAAAACUAUUCGUAAUUCAAUUAAUCAAUCGCGUAAUGUCGAAUUUAUUGAACGUUGGGUAGCUACUGCUGAUAAAGUGAUAAGAACAAUAGUGCAUGAGAAUCGACUUCCUAAAAUGUCAACUAUUAAGGAUCAAAUUGUGGUUAAUUCUAACGUGCGAUAUGAUUGGGCGAAUCUUGUUGAUUUUGGUCAUACAGACAAAUGUCGAUUUUAUACAAUAUGGACUCGUGCAUUGUAUCUUCGUAUAUUUCGUCUCAAUCCAAUAUAUGAUGGCACUCAAUGGUUGGGAAGAGAUCAAAAUGGAGCUGAAGUAGCCUUUCGUGUUGAAAAAGACAAGAAGGAAAAAUUUAUCAAAGCAUGGCAGAAAGAUAUUGUCGAGAAUUUUAUUAAUGUAAAGUUAUAA